AGCAACAAGAACGGAAAAAUGGCGACCCUGGACGAUAGUCCAUCGGUCUAUUCUGGCCAAAGUUGGUCAAUCUGGGCCGAGAAGGUGCCUUUAGCAGAAGAUGAGGAUCCUGACGAAGAUGAUGUUUCAUCGAGACCGAUGAGUGACAACAAUUCCAUGAAGCUUCGUAAAGAAGAUCUUCCCCUGUUUGGGUACUGCCCAGCCCAGGAUGAACUCUAUUUAGUUGUAUGUGAGAAAUGUGAACAAGUCAUCAAACCACAAGCACUUAAAACACAUCUAGAAAAACGCCAUGGGUCAAAAGAUUCUUCACACCUCUCAUCAAGCUCGAGAUCACAUUCCUCCACAGCAAAGGGAGGUCACUGUGGAGGAUAUCUCUCUCACCGGACUUCCUCGCACAUAUUGUCGUCUAAAGGUGGUGGUGGUAAACAGACUUCAAAUAUGGCCACCGGUGCUUCACCUGUGAAAGUGGGCAGCAGUUACAGCAACGAUCUCAAAAUGGCUAAUGUGGAAGUGUCAUUAAAACGCCUCUCACCUGAUGUGAAGACUGUGUCACUGCAUCCUGAUCCUGUGAAAUCUCAACUUAGUCCAAAGACGAGCAUUGUUAGUAAUUUAACAGUCAAUUCAGUAUCAAAUGGUAUUGUGAAAUCCACUACAAAUGGCGCCAUCACAUCUCUAGAUUCCUCCCCUCCACCUGCUGUGCCAUCUAGUGGGGUGAUGUACUGUGCAUCAAUCACAAACAGUGUAUCUCCCUUGCAUAAUGCAGCCCACAAAUCAUUGAGCUCAUCGCCAUUCUCCAGUCAGUCAUCAUCGUUACACAAAGAAGCCCCUGGUGUGGGACCACCAUCUUCUCCAAGCUCACAAUGUUCUUCUCCAUUGGAUCGAACCUCAGAAAAGAGCUCCUCUAUCAAAAACACAAUGACAGUUUGUGCAACAAAAAGUCCUUCUUCCUUGUCAAAAAAUAGUUCUAUGUCCAAAACUUCCAUGGGAAAAACAAAAACUUCUCAGAGCAUAACAAAGACUUCUUCUAACUCAUCAAAUAAAUUAUCAAGCUCAUCAAAGAAUUCAACUAGCCCAUUAAAAUGCUCCACCAGUCCUGUGAAAAGUUCAACAAGCCCUGCAAGAAGUGCACCUAGCCCGGCAAAGAGUGCACCCAGCCCGGCAAAAAGUGCAUCAAGCCCUGUAAAGAGCCCAUCAAAAGGUUCCAGUCCUUCCCAAACCUCUGCAGGAUCAACCCCAAAUAAAUCCACUAAAGAUCCCAAGGAACGAAAGUUUGUGUUGUGCAAAGAUCGAGAGUUUGAUCCUAAUAUUCACUGUGGUGUCUUGAGAACAGAUGAUGGUCGACAUUGUACAAGGUCAUUAACCUGCAAGACUCAUGCCUUGUCUUUGAGGAGAGCAGUAGAAGGGAGGAGGAAAAAGUUUGAUGACUUACUAAAAGAACACAGAGCUGCUAAAGAAGCACAGCUCAAGGCAAAAUCUGAAGGGAAGGCAGCAGCUUCAGCAUGCAAUGCUACUGUGCCAGGAGCUAUUUCUCCUCUUUCUAUUACAACUGAUAGUAGCAUGUUGGGAGUGAAAACAAGCCAUAACACUGAACUGAACUUCAAUUGUAGUGAUGAUCCAUUUUCAAUCAGUCAUAAACUUUCCAGCCCUCAAUCGAACAGCACCUCCAAGUUCAACAAACAGGCGUUAAAACAGGUCAACACAAAUCAUCCUAGGUUGAGUUUGUCAGGACUGCAGUCCCCGUCGUGGUCACCCAUGGAGGACAUGUCCCCUCCUGAUAUUGUCAGUCGUCUUUCCAGUGACGGGGAGGUUGAUAUGGAAGAGACGGAGGACAGAGGAGACACCUCCUAUAUCACCCAUCAUCCCAUUCCCAUUGCAACAUGUACCUUUGGUGGCCGGUGUAGUUCAGGAGGGUGGUAUCUGUUUAGCAGGAAGACAGACUAUUUACGAACAGCAUUCCUCAGUGCAUUAGAAAAACAUUUACAUCCACCCCCACACAAGAAAUUAUGUGUGGAAUCCAAAUUACCCAAAGAACCUCAGCUGUCAACAAAUUCCAUGGACCCUUACGAGUUCAACGUCGUUGAUAUGAAUGCCAGCAACUUGGCCAGCCAUAAUGCCAUGAUGAACUCUGUGCACAAAGCAGCUGUUAACAAGCCCAAAAGUAAACCACCAAAUAGUCGAACUUCUAAAACAAAGGGGGACAACACAAGUCCUCGUCUUAGUCAAUCCGGUGCCUCUAACAACAACCCGUCCCCUACAGGGAGCGGCACAGGGAUCAAGAGGAAGCGUAGCAGCAGCGGGACCAGCUCACCUGGAUCUGCUUCAUCCAGUGUUACGAGUGUGUCUUUACAGAACGCUAUGAUAGGUGGACUGUCCCUGGCCACCCCCAACCCCAGCCCCAUUAUAGCAGCGUGUGUACCAAAUGUAAACCUGAGCAGUAAUAUAGGAAGAAUCAGUGCAGCGAGUAAAGCAGGCCAGGUAACCAAAAAUAACAUUAUCAAGGAUGGCGGUGGCAUCAACUUGCUAGUGACAAACAUGGAACAGAGUGUGGUGAAUGGACAAUAUGUGAACAUCACAGGGAAUAUGCUGGAGAUGGGUGUUGCUCAGGACGAGAAAGGAGGGGGCUCCAAAAAAAACCGCAGUGGUGGUGGAAAUCCCAAACAGAACAGUAGCAGACAAGUUGCAAGCAAUGUCGAAGGGUUGUGUUCAAUUUCUAAUAAUGUUGUGGCCAACAUUGCCCAGAAGGCCAUUAUUUUGGACAAGUCUGUCCUAUCCAUGUCACCGUUCCAAACCAGUUCUGUGGUGCCUAUUGCCAACUCUGCCAUGUCCCCACCUCAAGCAAGUCCGUCGGCUUCUGCUAGUCCAUUUUUCAGAUCAGGUUCAGUCAGCCCUCAGGUGUCAGCAGCUUCCCCGAUCCCCAAUGGUGUGAUAUCUCCGCCGCCAGUCAGUCUGAAGGCGUUCGCAGCGUUGAAUCACAUGACAGCGGGCCAAAAAACAGCCAGCCCUCCUACCAGCAGGACCAGCACUCCCAGCCCUAGUCCCAACUUCUCCGCUCAUGAAUCCUCCCCAAGUCACUCCACACACUUUACUUUUAUAGGCAAAAGUCACAGCAAUUCAGGAAGUCAUAAAUCCCACAAGUCCAACAGUUCUCACCGAUCUGGCAGUCAUCCACCAUCACUCUCUGCAGCUGUAACAUUAGGUGGCAGCCAGCAGGGUGGUGUGCUCCAGCCCAACCAUGCCAACAGCUUACAUAACUUCUGUGUGACUAACAGUCAGGCUGUGUCAGGCCUCGGGUCACUGCCCCUGAAACCGUCAGGAAUUAAAACCUACCCACUCACCAUGCCAUUUACAGUGUCCUCUUCGGUCAGCCAUGGGUUAAGCGGUCAGCAGCAACCAACGGCAACUCUGUUUCAUGUGACGUCAGAGAGUAUGUCCAAAGGAGAGCUUCAGCUCCAGCAGGCCUCCACCUCACACCCCAAUGUGAUCUCAUGACAGUCUGCUCCGCCAUAAUCUCCAUGGCAUUUCUUAGCCUUAUGUCUUGUUACGUUCUUGUUAUUGUGGCUGCUGACACAAAAGUGAUAAGUGUACAUAUAUAUAAAGUAUGUAUGGAAACUUGACUAUUCUGGCAGUUUAAUGCACAGAACCUUCCUUUUUUACAAGUGAAACUUGUAUUGACUGGAUACGUGUAUAUAGUGUGAAUGACAUUUACAUACAAUGCCUUUUUUGAUACACAGCUACGAUGUGGAGGGAAAAAGAGUGAUAGUUGUUUGAGCUGAUGGCUCAAUACAUGUAUGUACAUGUAUGCUCCAAUCAUAGUCUUUGCAUGAUGGAGAGUUAAUGAUAUUUGCAAAGGGAAAUAACUCUACAGUAUUUAUUCCAAAAAAGGAAAGUCUUAAUUAUAAAAAAUCAAAUUAUGAUUUUAUAUGUUAUUGAAGAUACAUCAUAUCUUAAUUAAAACUUUUUUGCAUUAUUUAUAAACUGUGAGGUAUUUCCACUAUGGUUUUAUUGUGAAAUGUAAAUGUGAUGGAAUUUUAAUACCAACAUUGGAGAAGUUAUUUGUGUGUCCCAUUAUUUGUUAUUUCUCUGUGUUUGUCUCUCUUUAAUGUUUUAUUUACUGUAGUCAAUGCAGUACCAUGACGUGUUGUGAUGGAACAACUUUCUGUCUUGUUGUGGGAGUCUGUGACUACCCCUUGACACCUGCGCCCAGCCCUCCUCACAACUGCACAUUUUAAGUUGUUUUUAUACACUCAGUGUCAGCCAAGCUAUCAGGGAUCACACUUGACAUAUGCACUUCCGUUUUGUGGCUUGACUGUAAAAUUUUCAAUAUACCCGUGGUUAACAUGGUAGAAUUAGCCAACCACUGCUGGGUUUCUCGUUUGUACACCAUGUAUUAUAAAAUGAUUUUUUAUACGGAUUCGUUUCGGUGAGAUCAUGCCCUUGGAAAGUCUAUACUUAUGAUCAGGUCACUAACAAAAUAAACAUUUUUUAUGUUAGUUCAACAAGUCUCCAGGUGUUAAUUAUUUAACUUUCAAACAAGUUUCU